AUGGCGCCGCAAACGCUCAACAUCCUCCUCACCUCCUUCCCCGGCCUGGGCCUCCCCUCGACUCUCUCGAUUCCAGUUCCUGCCUCCUCCACCGUCGCAGACUUCACAAGCCUCCUGUCAGAACGACUGCCUUCAAAUGCAACCCGCCUCAUUCUCACCACAGCCUCCAACAAGGAACUCUCCCCACGCUCCUCCGCGCCUCUCUCCGACUACCUUUCGUCACCAUCAAGCGACUUUAUCCGACUAUGGCUCUCCACCCCACUAUGCGGCGGUAAAGGCGGCUUCGGCUCCCAGCUCCGCGCCGCCGGCGGCCGCAUGAGCAGUCGCAAGAAGCGGAACCAAGGCGAAAACAACGGCUCAAAUCGCAAUCUAGAUGGGCGACGUCUGCGUACCGUUACUGAAGCAAAGGCGCUGGCGGAGUAUCUAGCUGUCAAGCCGGAGAUGGAGAAGAAGGAGAGGGAAGAGAGGCGGAAGCGGUGGGAGCAGGUAGUCGAACUGGCGGAGAAAAAGGAGGAGGAAAUCAAGAGCAGUGGAAAAGGUAGGCUGGAUGGGAAGUGGAUUGAGGCGAAAGAAGAGGCGGAGGAGAAGACGCGGGAAGCGGUGCUGGCAGCGCUCAAGGCGGGCGAUAUCAAGAACGUGCUUGUGGAGAAGGAGAGUGACGCCUCUGGUAGUGGCUCUGCGGAGAGUGAGGGCAGUGAGAGUGAGGCUGAGGCGUCAAGUUCAAAGAAGGUGCCGGAGCAGGCUGCUCCUUCCCGGACGUUCUUUGGCUGGGACGAGGAGGAUGAGGAUAUGAGCGAUGACGAGGAGAACGCGGAGGAAGAGUCGGUUGAUACCAAGUUUGCAGGUAAAGGGAAAGCUAAGGCCGUGGCUGUUUGA